CGGAAGCGAUCAAAGCCCCCACCCAUACCCUUUCUUCCCCCACUCUGUGCCUUGCUCCUCUCCGCCACACGCCCACUGCCCCCACGGACUCCGCGGAGAGCAGAUGGACGGGGUGCUGAUAGAUGAUCGCCGCGUGCACGUGGACUUCAGCCAGAGCGUCGGUCGCCUCUGGUCGCGCUUUCGCCGCUUCGGCACCUCGGACUCCGCCCAUGCUGCCGCUGAUGCUGGCGCUGCUGGUGCUGCUGGUGGCAGGAGGGGAGGGAGAGGAGGAGGAAGGGGGAGGGUUGGUGGUGGUGGUCGCGGUGGCAUGCGGUCGUGCUUUAGCUGUGGGGAGGAUGGGCACAUGGCGAGGGAGUCUCCGAAUGCGGGAGGAGGGAGAGGUGGGAUGGGUGGGGGCGGGGAGGAGGACGAGGAGGAGGCAGAGGGGGGGCAGGGCGGGCAGAGGCGGCUUGAGCUGAAGGAGUCGGGGCACGGGCAGCGGGGCGAGCAGGGCAAGAGCUAUGAGCUUGUGUUUGACGGGGACGAGGCGGGGGGUGGUAGGACAGAGGGAGAAGGGCGGAGGAGUGUGCAUGCAGGGGUGGCGAAGAGGAGGGGGGAGGGCGAGGGAACGAAGCGUAGAGAAAGUGCUGCUGGCAGCGUGGAUGUGGCUGCUCUCACUGCCGACGCCCUUGCUCGCGCCCGUGCGAUUGCUGCUCGGGUGACUGCAGGGAGAGAGGAGCGAGGGGGUGGAGGAGAGGAAGGAGCUGCACGUGGUGCGAGUCCGAGGAGGGAUGGAAAGAGAGAGAGGAAGAGGAGGUGGGAUGCGGAAGGAGAGGGAGAGAGAGGAGCGAGCCGUGGUGGAGAGGCAGAAGAGGAGAGGGGGGGUGUGAGGAGGGAGAGGGAUGCAGAGAAGGGAAGACAGCGGAAGGAGGACGAGAAGAGUGUGAAGGAAGCUGAGGAGGGAAGGAAGAAGUGGGAAAGGAGAGACGUAGAAUUGGAUAGAGAGCAUGAGGAGGAGACGAUGAGGGGGAGGAGAGGUGUCAAAUCUGUGAGGGUGGACGAUGGGAAGAGAGGGCGUGGCAGGGCUUCUGACAGCGAGGAGGAGGAGCAUCGGGGACAAAUGGAGGAGAGGCGAGGGAGGCCCGAUGCAGGCAGUGGGGACAGGCGGCGUGGGCACGAUGGGCAUGGCAGAGAGGAGUACCGCUGGAGGGAGGAGGACCGUGAGAGAGGACGAGGGGUUGACAGGAAGAGGAGAGACGAAGAGGGAGGAAUGAGAGUGAGGGGUGGAGAGGGGAGAAGAGGGAAGGAUGAAGAGGAGCAUGAGGAGGGAGGCAGAAGGGGAAGGCAUAGUGGGUAUUCAAGGGAUGAAGUUGUGAGUCCAGCGAGGGAGAAGGGGAGGAGUGAGAGGAGGGAAGCAGGCGGGCAUGAGUCGACAAAGUGGCGUGAUAGUGAGCGGAGGUGCAGAGACGAGGACAGGGAGGUAAAAAGGAGCAGGGAGGAGAGCAGGGAGGAAAAAUAUACAAGGACAGAAGAGAGCUUUGAGGGGCGGAGGAUCAGAGAUGAGAGCAGGGACAGCAUGAGGCACAGCAGGGAAGGGCAUGGCAUCCGGCAUGAAGGCGAGAGGAGCGUGAGGGUGGAUGAUUGGGAGGAUGUGCCCCGGGGGGUGAGACAAGAGAGGAGAGGUGGAAUUGAAGAGAGCAAGGAGCGAGGGGAUGGACGAGGAGGAAGGAGACAGGACAAGCGGGGUGAGGAAAGGAGAGCAAGGGGAUGA